CUGCUCUCGUCGGGGAUCCGAGGCGCAGCUGUGCCGGGUCUGCGCAUGCGUGCACUCAUACACUCACCGAACCCCAGUGACACACGCAUGCGCACUCACACACCCACGGAGCCAUGAGGGUGGCAGGCCCCCUGCGCAUUGUGGUGCUGAUCCUGACUGCUGGCCUCACCUGGAUCAUGGGUAGCAUUCUCCUGGGGACACAUGGCAGCAGCUUCUCUCGGCUACAGCAGCUCUUCAGUAGUCCUGAGAAUGCAGUGACAACAGUAGCAGAAAGGGCCUUCUCCCUGUGGUCUGUCCAGCCCAGCCCUGAGGCCAGCCGCCCUGCCAGGCAUGACAGUGAGUGUGUCGGCAGCCCAGGGCCAGGAAGUAUAAGUGUGGCCUGCCUCAACCAUGUCCUGAACAGCACUUGGCCUUCCGCGUGGUCAGUGGGGCCGCCAAUGUCAUCGGACCCAAGAUCUGCCUCGAGGAUAAGAUGUGUGACUGUUCUGUUCCCCAGGCUAAUGAGCAGUGUAAAGGACAAUGUUGGACGUGGGCUGAACAUUGCCCUGGUGAAUGGAGUGAAUGGGGAACUCCUUGAGGCCAGAUCCUUUGACAUGUGGGCUGGAGAUGUCAAUGAUUUGCUGAAGUUCAUCCGGCCACUCCAUGAAGGGACACUGGUGUUUGUGGCUUCCUAUGAUGACCCAGCCACCAAGAUGAAUGAUGAAACCAGGAAAAUCUUCAGUGAGCUAGGCAGCACAAAUGCUAAGGAGCUGGCCUUCCGAGACAGCUGGGUGUUUGUUGGAGCCAAAGGCGUUCAGGACAAGAGCCCCUUCGAGCAGCAUGUGAAGAACAGCAAGAACACCAACAAGUACGAGGGCUGGCCAGAGGCACUGGAGCUGGAAGGCUGCAUCCCUCAGCGGACAGUGGGCGCCCAGUGAGCCGGUGUAUUGUCUCUCCCUCCUUACCUCACGGCAGGCCUGGCCUGGCCAGUUGUCCAGGUGGGCUGUUUGUUCAGGCCCUCCCAGGAUUGACUGCCCCCUGGAGAAAGCCACCUGAAUGAGGGAGAGAGGCUGAACUGAGAUGGGUGUGGAGGCCCAGCUGGCGCCUGGCUCCCGGAGCAUGCGUAGAGCUCUCAGGCCCCUUCCCCCAGUGCCUUACUUCUUCCAGGAAUCCUUUCUUGCACUUUUUCCAGAUCACUCCAACUUUCUUGAAAACUGAAUGUAACAGGUGGUGGGAUAGUUAGGCCCUAGUGGGAGGGGACCCUUCCUUCAGUCAGUCACAUUCCCCCCUCCCAUCCAUACACACAUACACCCUCGUCUAGCCAAGUUGGGUUCCUAGUGCUUCCAAGCCUCUCUCUUCCCCUUCGCCUUUUUUACCCAACUUGUCCCCUUCAUGCCUUUGGCUUUUGCUUCAGGUCUGCUGACAGGCAUCUUGCUUGGUCUGCCCUGGUUCCCAGAGUCCAUUGCCCCCUCACAGGCAGGGCUAUGCUACCUGGUUUAGCAGGGGCGGAAAGGAGUGGCAUGACUCUGGGGUGGAUGCAAGAGCUCUUCCCCACCCCCACCCCCAGCCUUGUCACUUCCUCUUAGAUACAGAAUUAAGGAUAUAUGCAAUUCUUCACAGUUCAUUCAGAAUUACCUUAAUAAACUGAAUUCCUAGUUGA